AUGGUGGUGUUGAAUUUAGUAUUACUGCUCACGGUAAUGGAACGGGAAAGCGCUGCUUCGACAGGAAGUGGUGUCUCGAAUCGCGAAGGGGUGCUGGAGAAAAUGCUAGAGGAGGAAAUGACAAAGCGACGUGAAGCAGAGCGCACGAUAGAGGAACUGCAGAAACAGGUGCAGCUGCUGGAGAAGGAAGUUCUUCGCCUGCGACAUGUCUACAAAUCGAAGAAAGAUUCCGCUUCCAUCACGACCAUGGACCCCCAAGACACUACUCUAUUACCUGCUUGCAAUAUAACGUGUACAGAAAACAGCCAAGCUGCUCUUCAUGCUGAGAACGAUCGGUUAAGGCAGUUUGUACGGCGACAAAGCGCUCUUAUUGAUGUUCUGCGCCGGCAGAAGGUUCUCCUUGAAGCCAGCGCUUCUAUCACUAUUUCCGCGCGCGACUUUAAUAAACAGCUCGAACUUCACAAGGUCUAA